CGCCGGGGUGCUGGGAGUGGGGCGGGGGCAGGUGUAGCCUCUUUGCCUCAUUGUCCCUUAGCGCCGCCCGGAUAUCGCGCGGGCCGCUCGCACCAUGAAGAUCUGGACUUCGGAGCAUGUCUUUGACCAUCUUGGGAAACUGUUACCACAGCUGCAAUGCAGAAAUACCCAAACCCUAUGAACCCGAGUGUGGUUGGAGUUGAUGUGUUGGACAGACAUAUAGAUCCCUCUGGAAAGUUGCACAGCCAUAGACUUCUCAGCACAGAGUGGGGACUGCCUUCCAUUGUGAAGACUCUUAUUGGUGCAGCAAGAACCAAAACAUAUGUGCAAGAACAUUCUGUAGUUGAUCCUGUAGAGAAAACAUUGGAACUUAAAUCUACUAAUAUUUCAUUUACAAAUAUGGUUUCAGUAGAUGAGAGACUUAUCUACAAACCACAUCCUCAGGACCCAGAAAAAACUAUUUUGACUCAAGAAGCCAUUAUCACUGUGAAAGGAGUCAGCCUUAGCAGUUACCUUGAAGGACUGAUGGCAAGUACCAUAUCUUCAAAUGCUAAUAAAGGCCGAGAAGCAAUGGAAUGGGUAAUACAUAAAUUAAAUGCCGAGAUUGAAGAACUGACAGCUUCAGCAAGAGGAAGCAUAAGGACUCCAAUGGCGGCAGCAGCAUUUGUAGAAAAAUGAUACUACAAGUUGGUAGACAACGUUGGGUCCCCCAGGUCUCUCCAAGCUGGCAAUAUAUUUAUUUGUUAUUUAAAAAAUACAACUAUAUUUUAGGUAGAAUUUUUUUUAAUAAGCUGAUUUAAGACUAACUGACUUUUGAUCAAAACAGAGAUACAGGGCUUCUAAAUAAAAGGGAUCAUCUGAAA